GAUGACACCAAACAGCACAGAGAGGCUGACAGAGCAGAGCUGACCCACUGCAUCCUGCUGCAGGGUAAGGAGAGGAGCUUUGGCGAUGCUUGGCGGUGCCCUGGCCAAAUCCUCUCUCGCAAACCUCAGGAAUGAACGCGAGUUUCUUGCUAACACAGUGUGGGAUUUCCUUCCUGCAGCCCGAUUCUGCCCAGAGGAAAUGGUCCUGUUUCUGCAGUCGCAGCUGGGCGGUGAGAGGGAGGCUGGAUGCGUGGCAGCCCUGGGUCUCCUCGGUGCUCUGGCUCGCUCUGAUGAGCCCGCAAUCACAGAGAAGCUGCCCCAGAUUGUGGAGGCUAUGCAGUGUGUGUGCAGUGACCCCAGGACCCAGGUGAGGAAGGCCAUUCUGCAUUUCAUCAAGGAUCUGCUCAGUUCUAACACCUGGAGCUGCUCAGCCUGGGAUGUGGUGGGGCACAUCUUCAGUGAGUUCAGCCGCACCACAGGAAGAAGGGCAGCUGGAGAUGUUUCUGCCCAGGAAGCCCAGGAAGAAGGCGCUCUCCAAGAGCUGUGUAUGGACAUCCUGGAGUCACUGGAUGUCUCCAUGAGAGGGAUGACCAAACUCCUGUGGCCACGGCUGCUGCUGUACGUGGUGCCAGCCCAGUACACCGGCAUGCUUAUCCCAGUCUCCCGCUGCGUCCAAGCCUUGGCUGAGAGAGGGGACCUGACAGUGCAGGAGAUAGAAGAACUGGAUCCCCAUUUCCUCAGCUCCAUGUUUCAAGGCCCACUGCUGACUCCCCAGAUACUCCUGGCACGUCUGCUGGUGGUGGCAGGGAGCCCUUUUGCAGGCAGUGAACUCCAAGCCGCUGGGGAGGGGUGA